GCUAACCGGUCCUGAUGCCAUGGCCUCCAGCCACAGCUCCUCCCCAGCUCCUCGCGGAGGUCGAGAUGGGAUCUAUCACAAGGAGCGGGACCCCUCCCCCCCCCGCUGCCGGCCCGUCCGCUCCCUGCCCGACGUCUGUCCCACAGAGCCCACCGGUGAGGGGCGGGGCCUGUGCGACGGCCCGUCUGUGGUGGCGGAGCACGACCGGUGGACGGUGUACAGCUCGAAGGUCAACCUCCCCGCCGCGCUGAACGACCCGCGGCUCGCCAAACGGGAGUCCGACUUCUUCACCAAAACGUGGGGGCUGGACUUCGCGGAGACGGAGGUGAUGCCCUCCUUCUACCUCCCCAACAUCACCAGGGAACACUUCGCUCCCUACCUGCAGGAGAUGGCUCAGAGGGAAAGAAUCCACGAACGCUGCAAGACGAUCUGUCCCAACAAGGACGACGUGGACGCCGUCUCCAGUAUCACCACCAACAACGAUAAAUCCAGAGCUGAGCUAGAACAAGUCCCGAAGAUCUUCAUGAAGCCCGAGUUUGCUCUGGAGGACCCCGCCACCUUCAAUGCCGUCCUGCCCUGGUCGCACUUCAACAGCGCCGGGGGGAAGAGCAGCAGAGACGGGGCCUCCUCCAAACUGCUGCAGGAGAAGGUGAACUCACUCUUUAAGUUCAGUCUCGCUCUACCAACCUGGGAGUCGGGACCCCCACUAGGGGUCGCCAAAGCUUUAUAG